AUGCUUGAGGAUGAGUUGGACAAGGCAGCUGAUGCAGGAGAUGCAAGAAACGUGGACCCUCAUGGCAAUGCAGGAAUUGGCACCAUCGCGCUCUAUGGUGAGAUCAACGGUGGUUCGGGUCGACGCAAUGACGAGGCGAGAUUGACUCGAACGAUCAAAGCGGGCAACGACGCUCGCCAAUCGAAAGAAAGGAAAAGAAACGGGAAGCCUGAUUGCUUCUGCAAACCAACUCAGACAGCACGUCAAACGACCUGUCAUUUUGAAUUUUUGACAAAAAUAUCAAAGAUAAAAGCUGAAUCUGAAGUGUUGGUCUAG